GAGGGUUAUCUUUUUUCUACGCCAAUGCUUGAUGCUCAUCGGCUUCGAAGAAGGGGCCAUAAAGCAACUCGCUCGUCGAGUCAUAUUCCACGGUGAAUUUUCAGAGAGCUUUAUAUUAUCCUUGGGAAAGGGAAUCGUGACGCGCGACGCAAGGUUCUUACCCGCCAUAUUACAUCGUUAAAUGUCAUUUGUGUUGCGUCCUUUGAAAAUUGUUUAAGAAUUUUUUUUCUUUCAAAAAUAAUCCAUCGGAAUCACAUUUUUUCGUCAAUUGAAGAGAAAAAAAAGUAUGUCUUCUAAUAAAAGGAAAACCGCGCCAAAUAAGAAGCCUCGUGCAAAAACACGCAAGACUGAAUAUGACGAGGAAGAUAUCUCGAGUGAUCAUGAGUCGGAGGUUGAGGAAGCUGAAACCGGCACCAACACAGUCGACGGCGAGGAUGGUGCCGAUGUUGAAGAGGAGGAUAAUACCGACAUUUCAACUAUUCCAGAAUUACCCGCUCCCGAGGGCGGAUGGGGCAAACCGGGGACAUUGAUCAUGUGUGGACUGACAAACUGGGAUUUGGUGGGACGAAAAGCACCACCGAAAGGAGCGAAGGGCAACGUAGGAAAAAGUUUAUGGGUUCCACAUACAUUUAAAAACUUAAAUGGAGCCCGUGUAAGAUUAGUUGCAUCGGCUUCUGCAGCUGCUCAUAACAUUAUUGUCACUGAGGACAACAGAUGUUUAGCGUUUGGCAGAAAUGAAAAAGGACAAUUGGGAGUUGGAGACAUGAAACGUCGAGAUGAGCCGACCGAGGUGGAGGGCUUGAAAGGUCACACGGUGAUAGCCGCUGCAUGCGGACGUAAUCACACUUUAUUUUUGACCAGUCGCGGAUUAGUUUUUGCGGCUGGCGAUAAUAAACUAGGUCAAUGCGGAAUAGGAAAAACAAUUCCCAACGUUCUGACAGCAACGAAAGUGAAAUACUCCGGUCCGCCCAUAGUGAAAAUUGGCUGCGGUGCCGAAUUCUCAAUGAUCCUUGACAUCAAAGGUGGAUUGCACUCGUUCGGUUCGCCCGAGUACGGUGCAUUGGGUCACAACACCGACGGAAAGUACUUCAUCACCAGCACGAAAAUGGGUUUUCACUUUGAGAAAGCACCGAAGCGCAUUGUCUUGUAUAUGGAGAAGGGGAAGGACAAUCAUGUGACGCCACUAGACCGCGUUGAGAUCAGUGACUUCAGUUGUGGGCAUUAUCACACUGUCGCCAUCGACAGCAAGAAUCGUGCUUUCUCAUGGGGUUUCGGCGGAAUCGGCCGCUUGGGUCACAAUGAGCAACGAGAUGAGUUAGUGCCUCGUCUGAUCAAGUUCCUGGAGCCGCCGAGUCGAGGUGUGCGUGCAGUUCACUGCGGAAGUACUUACAGUAUUGUUAUCAAUAUUCAUGGGUCUGCGUUGAUGUUUGGCCAGACAAAGCGCACCGGCGAGGCUAAUAUGUACCCCAAGCCGAUUCAAGAUCUCUCUGGUUGGGACAUCAGAUGUGUUGCCUGCUCGCAAACUAGCGUCGUUGUUGCCGCCGAUGAGUCGGUUAUUGCCUGGGGUUGUAGUCCCACGUAUGGUGAAUUGGGUUUCGGAGAAAUGCGAAAAUCAUCAACGACACCAAUGGAAGUUAAAGCUCUUGAAGGAUUGUACAUAACUGCUGUUACUUGUGGUAUGGCGCACACUCUCAUGAUUUGCCGAGAUGAAUCGGAGGAGGAGAAAAAUAAACUAAACAAACUUCAGGAAUAUUCAGUGUAGUGUGCAAGAAGACUUGUUGCACAUUUUUCAUAAUACAGGAACUGUAAUUAAAAUUCGUAAGUUAUCACGCUGUUUCGAAAAGGAAUUGAUAGGCGAGUAGCUUGAGAGAACUAAUAUUGUUUUUGAAAAAAGUACGAGGAAAAAGGAUUGAACUUUUGUCGAAACUAAAAGAAAAAAAAGUGAAUAUAUCAGAACCAAAUUAACAAUUUUUUUAUUAGUCUUAAAAACAAAAAAUAUUGAUGAAUUUAAUAAUAAAAUGAAAAUCUUAGCCUAAGAUUUUUCACUUGACAAGAAACGUCCAUUUUUAAAAAAUCUCACUACUCCGUAAUUCCGUAUAAAUUUAUAUUAAGUCCACUUUCAUUAAUAUUGUUCCAUUCAACGUUUCUAAUGAAUCUCAUUUUUUUUUCUUAACUCAGGAUAUAACAACCAAACUGAUAGAUAAAAAGUAUAUUUUAAUACUUUUCUAUUAUAAAACAAAAUGUUUCUUGUAACAUCAAUUGACUGAUAAAUAAGCGACACAAUCUGUAUUAAAAAAAAAAUAGCUAUAUAAUCCGAGAAAAUUUAAAAGAGAAUCUUCUUUAAAAAAAAAAGUUAGAUAUUUAUUUAAUUUUUUAUAAGCUGGUACCUGAAUUGUCAUGUUUCAUAAUUUUUUUUUUCAACGUCACAUUCAAUAACGAGAGAGAAGGCAACAUUAACAGUGAAAGAAAAUGUUGUCCAAAAAAAUUAUUUAUAUUUAUUUAUUUUAUAAAUUAUUUAUCUGUACGAUAAAUUGUUUUACGUUUAAUUUAUUCUUUUCCAUUUGUGGAAAACUUAUCUUACCGAACAGUUGUUUCUUUUCCUUCUCUCUGUGCAAUUGUGACCUUUGUUAGACAUUAAAGUUGAAUAUAAAUUUUUCCCUUCCAUAUUUUUACUUGUGUUUGAAAGUACUUUUUCGAUUUAUAGAAAGUGUAAAAGCAAGAAAAAUGGAAAAUCUCAAUUCUAUAAAUAAAAAAAGUACUUGAAACAUUCAUUUGUUAGACUCUGUUUUAAUAUUAAAUUAAAGAAUAUAACGACUGAAAAAUCACCUAUUUUUAUAAGGUGAGACAAUAGACUUCAAUCCGUAAGCCUUAAUCAUCGAAAUCACUUUCAAUUACAUACUGCGAAAUAUACUCUCUGAGAGAACGUUUUUUGCUAUUAUUAAUACUGUUGUAAAAAACAAAUCUCAGAGAGAAAAAAAAUAACGAACUAAAAUACGUUUGUAUUAAACCUCUGCUCAGAUAUUCAUAUGUAGCUUAUACUCGCACAGGUUUUACCCUGUUCUUCCAAAUAAUCAAUUUCCUUUUUUUUGUACUUAUAAAAAUUUACUAUUGAGCUAUACAUUCGACAUCUCAUUUUUUAAUAAUAUACUUAUAUACUUUACAAGGAGACAACUUAAUACUUAAUAUUUUAAUUUAACACAUUUUAUUCAUUUUAAAUUAAAUGUUUCUUAAAGUUUUACACAAUUGAUAAUUUUUUUUUUUGUUUUUUAAUUUCCUAGGUACAUAAUAAAAAAAAAAUAAAUGUACAGUUCAAUAGUACUCUAUGACUAAGAAUUUAUGUAAAUUAAAUUUGACAUACGAAGCCUAGGUUAAAAUAAAUAAAAACUGCCGUGAUGUUCAGUAAUCGAUUAUUUUUAAAGAACUGAAGAAUUUCAUUCCAAUUUCAAUUCAGAAAUAUUUUUAUUGUUUCGCGGCAAAAAUUUGCACCGAAAAAAUAUUUAUUCUAAAUAACAAGCGAGAAAAUGUACGAAAGUGUAGUUACAAAAUAAAAUAUGCAAAUUUUUUAGAAA